AUGAACAUACAGUUCUUAUUGGAGAAACACAAAGAAACUGAGGCUAUAAGCCAGUCUCUGAUGAUCUUAUUUUCUGUGAUUACAGCCAUAAUAGCGACAGAGAAAAAAGGUGAAAAUCCAGAGCAGAAAGAACUUCAGGCUCAGAUGAUGGAUUACAUCAUCAUGGAGAAGUCCAAUGUCUGCUGGAACGAUGUGGCUGGGCUGGAAGAAGCAAAGCAAGCUUUGAAAGAGGCUGUGAUAUUACCAACUAAUUUCUUGGGAAAGAAUACUCCCUGGAGUACUAUCUUGUUAUUUGGAGCUCCAGGAAUUGGAAAGACCUACCUGGCUAAAGCUGUUGCCACCCAAGCCAGUAACUCUGCCUUCUUCUCUGUGUCCUCAUCUGAUCUUAUGUCUAAGUGGCUGGGAGAAAAUGAUAAGCUGCUGAAGGACCUGUUUGAAUUAGCACGGCAACAUAAACCAUCCAUCAUUUUCAUCGAUGAGGUUGACAUGCUGUGGGACUCUGGGAAUGGAUCUAGUGACGAAGCUGUCUGCAGAAUCAAGACCGAGCUCCUGGUGCAGAUGCAGGAACAUAGCAAUGACAACAAUGGGGUCCUGCUUCUGGGAGCUACAAGCAGACCAUGGAUGCUGGACUCUGCAAUCUGCAGAAGGUUCCAGAAGCGUAUUUACAUCCCGCUACCAGAUGAGACUGCCCGAGCUCAGAUGUUUAGCCUGCACUUGGGUAACAACCCCCACGGUCUGAACAAUGACAACAUCCUGGAGCUGGCCAACAAAACAGAGGGUUACUCAGGAGCAGACAUCAUAAUGAUUGUGCGCAAUGGGCAGAUGCAGACCGUGCGUAAAGUACAAUCAGCCACACAUUUUAGAAAGGUGCGUGGUACAUCUCGUACUAGCCCUGAAGUCAUGGUGGAUGACCUCCUAACACCAUGUUCCCCUACAGACCCUGGAGCCACUGAGAUGACCUGGAUGGAGGUGCCUGGUGAUAAACUGCAGGAGCCUGCAGUUUACAUGUCUGAUAUGCUACAAUCUAUUGCUACAAUAAGACCCACGGUCAAUGCUGAGUACCUGCUAAAAAUUAAGAAAUUUACAGAAGACUAUGGGCCAGAAGGGUGA